AUGAUUGUUCAGGCUCAAAAAAGGGGACUCUUGAAGUUAUUGAAGAGUCCACUAACUCGAGGGCUAUCUGCAACUGCCAAAUCUCAAUCUUCUACAGAGGAGAUAGAUUUGAAAGCUUUGGAUGCCAAAUGGACUGCAAUUUGGGAUGAGUUUCCACCCCUAUACGCCUCAAGUGAUAUUUCAAAGAAGAAAGAAAAAAACAGAGGUGAAAAGAAGUAUAUCUUGUCACAAUUUCCAUAUCCUUCUGGGAUGCUACAUAUGGGGCAUCUGAGAGUUUAUACAAUCAGUGAUGUCUUAUCAAGAUACCACAAGCUACAAGGGAGAGAUGUCAUUCAUCCAAUGGGCUGGGAUGCUUUUGGUUUACCUGCUGAAAAUGCUGCUAUUGAAAGAGGGAUUGAUCCUGCAGCGUGGACGUAUGACAAUAUUGAUAAAAUGAAAGAUCAGAUGAAAUUGAUGCUAGCAGAUUUUGACUGGAAUAGAGAGGUUACUACAUGUGACCCAUACUAUUAUAAAUGGACUCAAAAAAUAUUCUUAUUACUUCUUGAGCAUGGUAUGGCUUACAAGAAAGAAGCAGAAAUCAAUUGGGAUCCAAUUGACAAGACUGUUUUAGCUAAUGAACAAGUUGAUGCCGAAGGUAAAUCUUGGAGAUCUGGUGCUGUGGUCGAGAAGAAAAUGCUGAAUCAAUGGUUCUUAAAAAUCACAGAUUAUGCCCCAGAAUUAAUAACUGAUAUGAAAUAUUUGGAUAGAUGGCCUUCAAAAGUUUUGAGUAUGCAAAAGAAUUGGAUAGGGGAAUCUAAAGGUACAGAGCUGCUUUUCAAAUCAAACAAUGAUGAAUUUACUAUAAAAGCUUUCACAACCCGUUCUGAUACCAUUUACAGUAUACAGUAUGUUGCAUUAGCUUUGAACCAUGAUAUAACAAAGAUUUAUGCUAAAGAAUAUCCAGAAUUAGAAUCUUUCAUCCAACAAGCCAAAAAUUUCCCAGAAGACUCGAAAGCAGGAUUUGAAAUACCGAAUCUUAAGGUACAAAAUCCAUUCAAAGAGGGUGAUUUUGAUAUUCCAGUCUUUGUGGCUCCUUAUGUAAUUGGAACAUAUGGUCAUGGUGCUGUUAUGGGUUGUCCAGGGCAUGAUAGUCGUGAUUUUGAAUUCUGGAAGGAAAAUAAACCAGAAUUACCAGUGAUCAAGACAGUGUCACCUGAUCCAAAAUCUAAGGAGGUCGAUCAACCAGACAUGGCUUUCACCAGUAAAAAUGGUAUAAUGAAUGAAAAUGCUAAUGAAUUGAAAGGUCUUACAAGGGUUGAAGCUAUUAAUGCAGUUGAUAAAGCACUAGUUGAAAGAGGUCUUGGAAAACCGGCAACAACUUAUAAAUUAAGAGAUUGGUUAAUAAGUAGGCAAAGAUAUUGGGGUACACCAAUACCCAUUAUUCAUUGUGACUCGUGUGGUAUUGUUCCCGUUCCAGAGGAGCAGUUACCUGUUGUACUCCCUGAGAAGGUACAUAUUAGUGGUAGAGGUAAAUCAUUAGCUGAUGUUGAAGAGUUUGUUCAUACUAAUUGUCCAAAAUGUCAUGGCCCAGCAAAACGUGAAACUGACACUAUGGAUACAUUUAUGGAUAGUUCGUGGUAUUUCCUUCGUUAUGCUGAUCCACGUAACCAUUUUCAACCAUUUGAUCCUAAAGCCAUCAGUAAAUUACCAGUUGAUAUUUACAUUGGUGGUGUCGAACAUGCUAUUUUACAUUUGUUAUACUCCCGUUUCCUUACAAAAUUCUUAUGUAAGGCCUAUAAUGUUGAAAUUAAACAACAUGAUGAUACUAAAUCAUGGAACACCAAUGGUGAACCAUUUUGGAGAUUAGUCACACAAGGUAUGGUUCAUGGUAAAACAUUUAAUGAUCCAAAAACAGGUAGAUUUUUGAAACCUGAAGAAGUUGAUGUUACUGAUAUUGCUAAUCCAAAAAUUAUUGAAACUGGUGAAACCCCAGUUAUUUCUUACCAAAAAAUGUCCAAAUCCAAGUAUAAUGGUGCCGAUCCAGCUGCUUGCAUUGAAAAACAUGGUGCUGAUGCUACAAGGGCCCACAUCUUGUUUCAAGCUCCGAUUGAUGAUGUUCUUGACUGGGAUGAAACUAAAAUAACGGGAGUGGAAAGAUGGUUACGUCGUUUAAUUUCUCUAAGUGAUGCAGUUAUGGAUAAAGCACAAUAUGAAUAUGGAAAUUACCCAGAAAUUUUGCCAGAUCUUAAUGAUGACGAAAUCAAAUUCUUCAAUAAAGUUCAAAUGUACACAUCAUCCAUUACUGAAUCUUUUGAAAACACAUUAUCAUUGAACACAGUGAUAUCUGACUACAUGAAAUUUACCCGUGAUGUUGCCGAUGCUGUCGAAAAUAAGAACAUACACCCGGAACUUGUUGAGGAUGCUUAUGAUCAAUUAUUGAUUCUUGCAUCACCAGUAGUUCCAUGUUCUUCUGAAGAGGCGUGGGAGAGGAUUAAUAUAAGAAUUGGAGAUAUAGGAUUAUGCAUUUUUGAGGAAGUAUGGCCUGAAGUUAAAGGGCUAAAAGGAACCACACUUCAAAAAUUCAACAUAUUUAUUGAUGGUAAGAUUAGAGAUGUCAUUGAAGCCGAUCAUGAAUUGGUGAAUAAUCAUGACUUAGCUAAAACUAGAAUUCUUGAGUCAGAAAAGAUCCAAAAACAUUUGAAUGGAAAAUCCAUCAAUAAAUUGAUCGUAAAACCAGGUACAAUUGUUGUUAUUUCAAACAAAAAUAAAAAAUAA